AUGCCAAAGAUUGCUUUCAAGGCAGAAUCAGUAGCCUUACUGAUAUCCUCUUAUCUUCACAUCUUUUUAGCUCCUUUUACAAAAGUUGAAGAAUCAUUUUCAUUACAAGCUAUUCAUGAUAUUUUAGCCUGUGGAAUCGGAUCAAGUGCAAGGUUAAAAUUUGAUCAUAUCACAUUUACAGGAGCAGUACCAAGAUCUUUCUUCGGUCCAACUUGCUUAAGUAUUAUUUCUUAUCCGAUCUUAGCUUUACUCAAAUCAUUUCAUUUGAUCCAAAACAGCGCUCAUGCAGGUUUAGUGCUUCGAUUGAUCUUGACCACGUUGCAUGCCGUUUCUGUGAUCGUAUUCGCAAAUCUCGUUAUUCGAAAUCGGUUAACAAAACGUUUCUUCUUUCUGCUUUAUUCGAUUCAAUUUCAUCCACUCUUUUGGGCAGGUCGUACAACUCCAAAUGGAAUCAUUUUGCCAAUCGUAAAUUUGGCAUUAGCAUUCAGUCUUGCCGAUUCAAGGUCAAAUACAAGGAAAUAUGCGGGUCUGUUUCUGUUGACUGUUUCUGCAGUCAUUGCAAGGUUGGAGAUUGUCGGUUUGAUUAUACCCAUCGCACUUAUGAUAGCAAGUGAUGGAAUACGAUCGUUUGUCAAAGUUGCACAAACCGGACUUUCGGCGGGAAUCUUUGCACUUGCCAUCUCAGUUCCACUGGAUACGUAUAUGUGGGGUAGACCUUUUCAUCUAUGGAACCCACUAAACCUUAAUUCUGUCAAAGGUUAUGCAUGGCCAGAAUUAGAAGCAAUCUUGUUCAACGUCGUCGAAGGAAAGAGUUCAGAGUGGGGUGUAUCAAGUUGGCAUGCAUACAUUACACAACAUAUUGCAAAAUUGAUAUCUAUACCUUGCAUCUUACUCUUUUUUGGCGGUAUUGCUAUCUCCUUUAGAUCAAAUUCAAACAGUGAUCCAAAACCACUCAAAGCUUUGGUGGUGAUUGUAUCGCACGUUGCAAUCAUGAGUUGUUUGGGCCAUAAAGAGACUCGCUUCAUCACUUAUCUCACACCGCUCUUAAACCUAUACGCCGCCAAAGGAGCAGCAGCUAUCUGGCAAGGGAUCGGAAAGAUUCGAUAUCAUCUUUUGUUGGGUCGUAUGUUCGUCUGCAUGCUUCUGGCCGGAACGAUACUUUUGACUGGCAUGUCUCUUUAUGCCAGUGCGGGAAACUAUCCUGGAGGUGAAGCAUUGAAAGCUUUGCACAACCUUAUUCCCGAUCAAAAUGCAACAGUUGUGCAUAUUGACGUAUUACCAGCAAUGACGGGUGUAAGCUUGUUCCAAAGUAUCAACCUUGCACAAAGAUCUCAAACAGGCGCAUUCGGCUUGAACGCAUUACCCAACGUUUUGGCUGGCAAUACAAACGUUUGGGUGUACGAUAAAACAGAGGAAAUCUUCAAAGCAGGUGGGACAAAAGAUGGUUUUGAUCCGUUGAUCAGCACGUUCACACACCUACUCUCUGAUCAGCAGGAUUGCCAUCUGCCAUCGCUCUUUAAGCCAAUGAUGCAAGAUGGUGAGCCUAUAUCGUUUUCUGAAUUUGGACAUAUCUCCAUACAAAAAUCUCUUCCUCCGCUUGUCUUCAAUUGGCGUGAAGCAGUUUGGCUCUGUCAGAGGAGACACAUAUGAUAGCGACGAGCAUCAUCACCUGGCAAUGAUGGAGCCAUUU